AUGGCUGCAAUCUCGUCAGAUUUUGCACGGAUCCAGCCCGUACAUGGCCAAAAGUACAUGUCCGUGGUGAGACGGGAGCCAUGGAAGCGCGCGCUGGUUAAGCGCAAGGACGAAGGAGAGGCCGGGGGCAGGCCUACUUUGCCAUGGUCCGCGCCGCCCUCCUCCUCCAUUUCCCCCCAAUUCGCCCGAAACCCUCCCAAUCCCCACGAGCCACCGGCGGAUGACCAAGGCGCCGGCGGGGCAGUCAAGCUGUUGCGGGGCGCCGCGGCGCUCCACGCCGUCUCCGUCACCAGCAACGGGGACGGCGCCCACCUCGCCCGCGCGCCGUCGUCUUCAACCGCAAGAUGCAGGUUUCUUGUGAGGAUUGGUCUUGACACGGCCCAUGCCAGAGAAACUACCAACUAUGUACAGGACCCUGGGGAGAACUACAAUGAGAGAGUUUUGCCUUCAAUCAGUCAUGAAACACUCAAAGCUGUGGUUGCACAAUACAAUGCCACUCAGCUUAUCACACACAGAGAUGCUGUGAGCAGGGAGAUCAGGAAGAUUCUGACAGAGAGGGCCAAGAAUUGCAAUAUUGCUCUGGAUGAUGUUUCCAUUACCAGCCUCAGCUUUGGCAAAGAGUUCACUCAUGCCCUUGAAGCCAAACAGGUUGCUGCGCAGGAAGCUGAGCGUGCCAAGUUCAUUGUUGACAAGGCUGAGCAAGAAAAGAAAAGUGCAAUUAUCAGGGCACAAUUUAAGGGCAACUGA